GUGAAGUCACUCAGGCGUGCCCGACUCUUAGCGACCCCACGGACUGCAGCCUACCAGGCUUCUCCAUCCAUGGGAUUUUCCAGGCAAGAGUAAUGGAGUGGGGUGCCAUUGCCUUCUCCAUUCAUGCUUUAGAAAGGCCUUAUUAGUGUAAUGUAUGUGGUGAGUCUUAUAUAUUCUGUCUGGCUUCCAUUAUCAUCAGGGCAGUCACAGAAGAGAAACACUGUAUAUGUGCAGUGAAUAUAGGACAUCCUUUAACCAAGCCCACCAACUGAGUUCCUUUAGGAAAAUCCACACUAGAGAAAACCCUUUGGAGUGCAAGGAAUGUGGUCAAUCAUUUUCCUGAAAGUGCCACUUGAUUAGCCAUCAAGUAGCUCACACUAGAGAAAAGGCUUUAUGGGUAUCACAAUACGGCUGGCAGUGAAAUUGAGGGAUUUGAGAUAGUAAGAAGGUGGGACAUACCUAUGCCACAAACGGACACUUUCUAGAGGAAACUGAAGCACAGAGAUGCUGUAUCAUGUUUGUGAUCUCUUUGCAAUGGAUACGGAUCUGGGAUUUAAUUCCAGGUUACCUGUUUCAAGAUUUAGGGAGUCUGGUCAUUUUACCCCCUCCUGCUCCCUCCAGGUUUGGAUACUGAGAUAACACCUUGUCCGUCCUAACAUUUCUGCACCCCUCAUCCCCUGCCUGAUGAGCCCUGCUUAUACCCUAGCCUCACGCUGAUUAUCAUUUUUCUGAAAACCAACAUUGAUGACUUUCCUGUAGAUUGUUCCAUUUAGCUACUCAACCAAACCAGUGCUGUGAUUCAGUUUUUAUUAUUGCUAUUUGAGAAGGAAGGGGCGUCCAUCUCAGAGAGGUAGAGGGCUUUUCAUAAGGGCUCUCUCUUUCAUGAGAGUGGUUCCUCUUCACUGCACAUAUACGCUGGUGGCUUUUCUGCUGCUCAGAGCAGGGAGUCUCCUGUGUUCCGACCAAGAACUAUGCACACCUGAUGGCUGCAUCGCCACCAGGGGUUCCAGCUUCAUUUCCACCUAUGCACAAUUCUUGCAAACACUGUCCCCUUGGGAAGUUCUUCACAGGACAGCAACACUAAGCCAGAGACUCCAGACUCACUCGUUGGGUCACUGCAUUUUACACUGGCUUCACCACUUCAGGAUGUGCCUGUUGUCCCAUUAUGCAGUUGACCCACUCAUGUUCUAGGCAAUGUGAGGAACACUGAAGAACUAAGUAUCCUCUGUGGUCCUCACAUAGCCUGGUCUCCAACGUUCUUCCUCUUAACCUCUGCGUGUCCUGUCACUGCUCCUCCUACCCCCACUCACUUUGAAAAAUGGAAGUUGCCCAGUAAUGAUUGUUAAUCAGUAAGAACUUGCCCCCCCUCCCCCAUCAUUAGGAAGCACAGUUGACGGACAUUUCUAAAAAAAUAUUUUUGUUUAGAAACUUUCUUUACAGUAUGUUGGUUUCUUUCAUACAAUGACAUGAAUCAGCCAUAAGUAUACAUAUGUACCCUUCCUCUUGACCACCCCCCCCACCCCCACCACUCCAUCCCACCUCUCUAGGUUGUCAGAGAGCACUGAGUUGAGCUCCCUGUGUUACACAGCAACUUCUCACUAGCUAUUUUACACAUGGUAGUUAUAUAUUUCAAUGAUACUCUGAAUUCCUCUCACCCUCUCCUUCACCUGCUGUGUCCAUAAAUCUCUUCUCUAUGUCUGUAUUUCUGUUCUCUCCUUGCAAAUAAGUUAAUCAGUACCGUGUUUCUAGAUUCCAUAUGUGUGCAUAAGUAAACUAUAAUUUGUUGUCCUUUUUUGACUUUGUAUAAUGGGCUUUUAAGUUCAUCCACCUCACUAGAACUGACACAUGGAUUACUUUUUAUGGCUGCCUAAUACUCUAUACCGCAACUUCUUUAUCCAUUCAUCUGUCAGUGAGCAUCUUGGUUCCUUCCAUGUCCUAGCUAUUUUAAUAUUGCUGCAGUGAACAUUGGAACACAUAUGUUUUUGAAUUACGGUUUUCUCAGGGUAUAUGGUGAGAGUGGAAAUUGAUAAAAACAUUAUGGAGAACAGUAUGUAGAUUUCUUAAAAACUAGGAAUAAAGCUACCAUAUGACCCCAAAUUUGAACCUUAUGUUAAAAUCUAAGACUGGAUGCAUGCUGAUACCUCCAAUGAUGACCAUGUAACAGCAGUGUGAAAUCAUAAUUUAAUUGCAUUUGUCAGGAUUCUUGAGGUUGAGUGUUGUUUCUUAAUAUCUCUUUACCUAUGUUGUUUGGUUCUUAUCUUUUGUCUUCUUUUAUUUCCCCAUUUUCUCUUUUUUUGAUGAAUAGGAGAGCAGGUAAACAAGAAAGACAUCUGUGAGAGUUCACCCAUUAGCCAGUAAUGUCAAUGACGUCUGCACAGAAUUUGGAAUACUGAAAGAAUAUGUUCUCAGGUUUUCCUCAAUUUCUUUAGUAUGCAUGAUGUAAUGACCAGAUACAUUAUGCACAUUUAAGAUAAAUCUGAAUUUUUAACAUAUGCUACUUCAGUCUUAAGUGCAGACAUUAAGUUACAAAGUAAGUUAAGGCCUAUUUUAUAAUGUUUGCCGAUUUCUGUGGGUGUAAAUACUCCCAUAAACAGUGUCAGAUUGCCAGCAUAAUGUCACUUAACCUGGAGUUGGGGACCUUUGCCAGUAGCCCACCAUUGUGUACUUCCCCCCUUUACAAGUUCAGUAUUUCUACAUAUAAUUUUAAGAAUUUUACAUUACUUGAAUGCUUAUAAAAUGAUAGGUUUUGGAUAUUUGUUUUAAACAUUUCAUGGAUGUAUAGUUGACUUAAAAUAAAUUUUACUUAUUUAACAUGUGCGUUUUGUACACCCCUUGAAGCAGUGUCCUCCUACCAUUUUUAAUUCAUCCUCAGCAUUAAAAUUACUGAUGCAAGAACAUAUUCUACUUUUUAAAAUAUAUAAUUGUAUUUACUUACUUAUUUUUGACCGUGCUAGAUAUUUAUUCCUGUGCAGUCUUUUCUCUAGUUGCGGAGAGUGGUGGUUUCUCUUGUUGCACACUACCGGCUCUAGGUCAUGGGCUUUGGUCAUUGUUCCCAGGCUCUAGAGCGCAGGCUUACUAGUAGUGGUGCAUGGGCUUAGUUGCUCUGGGGCUAUGUGGGAUCUUUCUAGACCAGGGAUCAAUCGAAUCUGCGUCUCUUGCAUUGGCAGGUGGGUUCUUUACCACUGAGCCUUGAGUGCAACCCACCGCUUUUGUGAGACUAUUUUCAAAUGUUUAUAUAAAUGGAAUGACUAUUGGGUCCUUCCCCUAUGUUAUAGCAUCUAUCUUAUCAUGCACAUUUUUUUUUGUUUUUGUAGCAUCAUGUACUUCUGUGUUUUUCAAAUUUAUAAUCCCAGGUAUGUCAUUGAAUACAUAACUUCUUAGAAUGCAUUUGUAAACUAAGAGAUCCCUUAUGUAACUCCAGUAACUUUAUUGCACAUGAAAGUAUUCUAAAUAUUGCUGCAUGUUAGCCCAACAGGGGACACAGUGUGACAGAGUUUGAAUGCUGACCACCCUUCAUUGCGGCCUGGAUCUACAAAUUCAUGUACCACAGCACAAAGGGAAAUGAGAAAGAAGACCUUGUUGGGAAAAUACAGUGGGAAUUGCAGACCCAGGGCCAGAGAAACACACAAACACUCCAGAGAGAUGUUGGGACAGGCAUGUGAGAUGGAUGCCCAAAGUUCUGGGCUUGUUACAAUAUGGAUGAAAGAUUGAGUUCAAUGUUGCCAUAGAAAUCAAAUAGUAAGCAUAGGAAAUAGGUGUUUGAUUAGGUAUCAAUAUGGGAGUUAUACUUGCUAAGUUGCCUUUAUCUCUUGUUAGGCUUCAUCAAGCCUGUUAAAUAUCAACUUUCUGCAUUCCCAUUCAGGCUAUUGUAGACUUUUUUCUUAAAUGACUUCAACACUUCAAGCUGCAUGCAUUUCAAGAGCAAUAGGAUAAUGUAUGUUUACUUCCAGUUACCAACGGAUGUCAAAUAGGGUUGGCUUCAAGAAGUCUGAGAUUAAGUCUAUAAUACUUCAGUGAUCAGUAGCAUUAAAGGAUUAAAAUGCUCUGAAGCACCCUAUUUCCGUUCUCUCAUGGAGCCCCCAUCCUCUUUAGAAUUGUGGAACCACUCUCCUCCACCUCAGGUGAUUUCUCUGCGAUCCUCGUGGUGCCGCUGGGCCUUUUUUCUUGGGGCUUCCAGAGUGGGGUGCAAUUGCUCGAGGCUUUGGCACUACAUUACCCAGAAGAUUUUGCGCUGAGGCCUUCAGCCAAUGAAAAUCCAAAGGCGAUGCAUUUCCUAGAGGCGGAACAUCCGGUAGUCGGACUUCCGGUGUUUUGGUGGCUGACAUUUUGGUCGCUACUGAGACUGUGGAGCUAGGCAGAAACUCCGGAGUGUGUUGUUGGAGAGGGAGAUGAGGGGCUGAGGCGUAGUUGGAAGCUUUGUCCGUACUACGCAGGGUUGCAGACGUCGCCGUAGGCCGAGAAUAACCGUGCCGAGUCCGACUCGGUUGUUCGAGUGUUGUCGCUCCGCCCACAGGCUACGAUGGCGGCGGCUGCGCUGUCGGCCCCACAUCAGGGCCUUGGGAGCCGUGGAGCUUUGAGCAAAGGAAGGACACGAUCUAGUCGAGCUUUUAGAAGUUCUCCAAAGACUGUUCAGUGGAAGAAAAGUCUGUAGGGGGUGGGCAGUGUGACCUUUGAGGAUGUGGCCAUGUACUUCUCCUGGGAGGAAUGGUGUCUUCUUGAUGAGGCUCAGAUACAGCUGUACCUGGAUGUCAUGCUGGAGAACUUUGCGCUUGUAUGCAUGCUGGGUUCUUGGCGUGGAGUCCAGGAUAAAGAGACACCAUCUGAAGAAAUCAAACCUGCAGGGGUGUUACAGUUUCGCACUCCCAGGGCAGGUAUGUCUCCUGAGAAGACCCAACCCUGUGCGAUGUGCAUCCCAGUCUUGAGAGACAUUUUGCACUUGGCUGAAGAGCAAGGAACAAAUGAGGAGCAGAAAGCAUACACAUGUGCGGCCUGUGGGAAGGAGUUCUAUUUCACUGCUAACAUUCAGCAGCACCAGAAGCAGCACAUUAGAGAGAAUCCUUUCCUAUGUAAUACUGAGCGACCCUCAUUUUUAAAGACCUGCACAGUUCACUCAGCAGGGAAUUUCUCUACCUACAUGGAGAUUGGGAAUGACUUCGUGGGAAUCAUGGGAGUUCAGCCACAGGCCACUAAUACUGGGAAGAAACUGAACAACAGUACGGAGUGUGAGGUGGUUUUUCACAGUGGAGAAAGUCAUCACAGUUUGGGAGAAGGUUCUUGGCGUGGAGUCCAGGAUGAAGAGACACCAUCUGAACAGAGCAAAUCUGCAAGAGUGUCACAGUUUUGCAUUCCCAGGGCAUGUUCGUCACAUGAGAAGACCCAACCUUGUAAGAUGUGCAUCCCAGUCUUGAGAGACAUUUUGCACUUGUCUGAAGAACAAGGAACAAAUGGGGAGCAGAAAGUAUACACAUGUGGGGCAUGUGGGAAAGAAUUCUAUUUUACUGCAAACAUUCAACAGCACCAGAAGCAGCAUGUUAGAGAGAAUCGUUUCCUAUGUAAUACUGAGAGACCCUCAUUUUUGAAGACCUGCACAGUGCACCCAGCAGGGAAUUUCUCUACCUACAUGGAGAUUGGGAAUGACUUCAUGGCCAACAUGGGAGUUCAGUCACAGGCCACUAAUACUGGGAAGAAACUGAACAACAGUACGGAGUGUGAGGUUGUUUUUCACAGUGGAGAAAGUCAUCACAGUUUGGGAGAAGGUAAGAUAGUUUCCAGUCACACAGACAUUCUUGUAGAGGAUGAGAGAGUCCUCAUUAGUGAGGCAUUUUGUGAGGUAAACAAAUGUGAGAAAGCUGGCACCCAAAGAAGUAACCUCAUUCAGCAUGUGCAAGUUCACACUGAAGAAAAGUCUUAUAAAUGCAGCCAAUGUGGAAAAUUUUUUGCCUAUAAAUCCAGUUGCCUUGCACAUCAGAGAGUUCACACUGGAGAAGGGCCUUAUGAGUGCCCUGAAUGCGGGAAAUCUCUUGCUAAUAGGUCGACCCUCUCUUACCACCUGAGACUUCACACUGGAGAAAAGCCUUAUAAGUGCAGUGAAUGUGGGAAAUCUUUUCCUGCUAGGUCAAGCCUUUGUCAUCAUCAGAGUGUUCACACUGGAGAAAAGCCUUGUGAGUGCAGUGAAUGUGGUAAAUUGUUCAGCCGGAAUGAGCAUCUCAGAGACCAUAAGAACAUUCACUCUGGAGAAAAGCCUUUUGGGUGCAAUAAAUGUGAGAAAUCUUUCACUAGUAGCUCCAGUCUUCGUCAUCAUCAGAGAGUUCAUGCUGAAGAAAGGUCUUAUGAGUGCAAUAAAUGUUGGAAAUCUUUUACCAGUAGGUCCGGCCUUCGUUAUCAUCAGAGAGUUCACACUGGAGAAAGGCCUUAUGAGUGCAGUGAGUGUGCAAAAUCAUUCACAACUCAGUCAACCCUUUCUAAUCAUCAGAGAAUUCACAGUGGAGAAAGACCUUUUAAGUGCAGUGCAUGUGGCAAGUUUUUUAGCCAAAAGGUACAUCUUAGUACCCAUAUGAAUGUUCACACUGGAGAAAAGCCUUAUGAGUGCAAUAAAUGUGGGAAAUCUUUUACAAGUAGGUCAAAACUUUGUACUCAUUGGAAAGUUCACAUUGGAGAAAGGCCUUUUAAGUGCAGUGAAUGUGGGAAAUGUUUUACUAGUACCUCAAGCCUUCUUUGUCAUCAGAGAGUUCACAAUGGAGAAAACCCUUAUGAGUGCAGUGAAUGUGGAAUAUCUUUUGUUGGUUCAAGUAGCCUCCGGUAUCAUCAGAGAGUUCACAAUGGAGAAAAACCUUAUGAGUGCAGUGAAUGUGGGAAAAAUUUUACUGCUCGGUGGACCCUUCGUGAUCAUCAGAGAGUUCACACUGGAGAAAGGCCUUAUAAGUGCAGUGAAUGUGGGAAGUAUUUUUCUAAUAGCUCGAGCCUUCUUCGUCAUCAUAGAGUUCACACUGGAGAAAGACCUUAUAAGUGCACUGAAUGUGGCCGAUCUUUUACUACUCAAACACAUCUCUAUGAUCAUCACAGAGUUCACACUGGAAAAGGCCUAUGAGUGCAGUGAAUGUGGGAAAACUGUUAAGCAAAACAGUGCUUCUUCAUCCAUUGGAAAGUUCAUACUAGAGAAAAGUCUUGUAAGUGCCAGGAAUAUGUUAAGUCUUUCAUCUGAAGGUGCUACAUGAUGAAAUAACAGCGAGGUCACACUGGAGAAACAGCUUUAUGAAUAUUGCAAAUAUUUCUGGCAGUGAUGUUGAAGAAGCUUGAGGUGGUAACAGUGGGAAGAAUCUCUGGAGGAAAUGGACCCUUUUUAGAGAGGAAACUGAGGCACAGAGAUGCUGGAUCACCUGUUAGUGAUCUCCUUAGGAUGGAUAGGGAUCUGGGAUUCCAUGCCAGGUUGCCUGGUAUAGUUUUUGGUGAGUCUGCUCACCGUUCACCCCAGGUUUGGGGACUUGAAGAACAUCUUGUCCAUCCCGACGCUUCUGCCACCCCUCCACACACACACACACACACACACACACACACACACACAAACACACACACGGACGCACCACCCCAGGAGCCCUGCUUAUACCCCAGCCUCAUACAAUGAUUGGUUUCCAAGGUCCUGUCCAUCUUCUUUAUGUACCACCUCAAGAUGUCCCUGUUGCCCUGUUUUAUGGUUGACCUGUUCACUGUUUUGGGCAGUGUGAGGUACACUGAAGGCCUGAGAAUGUCCAGUGUGGCCCUCAUAUGGCAUGGUCUCCAAGGCUCUUUUCCUUUACCCCUUUAACCAUAAUCUCUCUUCUCCCACCCCUCCAGAGAAAUGUAACUCGUGAUUAUAUGUAAGAACUUGUCCUCCUUCCCUGGGUCCACACUUGAUCAACCUAGCUUAAAAGCUAACACUGGAAUCAGGGUUGAUUAUUCCCAUGAAGACUAAAACCUCUGUAUAAAAAAAUCAUCACUAUUUAAUUGCAUUUUUCUCAGGAUUUUUUUUUCUUGACUGUGCCAUGUGCCUAUGGAAUCCCCCUGUCCAGAAAUCUAAACUGUGCCCCGUGAUGUGGACGUGUGGAAUCCUCACCACUAGACUGCUGGCAAAUUCCCUAUUCAGGAUUCUUGAUGUUCAGUUUUUGUUUUUCAUUUGUGUGUUUUUCACCUGUGUGUUCAGUUCGGUAAAAUUUCAAUGCAUAUUUUUGCUUAUCUUUGUCUUCUGAGAUUUGGCUAUUUUCUCUUAUUUGACAAGGAAAGCAAAGAAACAACAAAGUUAUCUGUUAAAUUUCACCAGUAAUACGAGUGACUUUUUUCCUGCAUGGAAUUGCUGUUCAGAAUAUCGGGGGUUUGUAUUCUCAGUGUUUAUACUAUUUGUAGUGUAAUUGCCACAUACGUCGUCUGCUUUAUUAACAUAUGUUACCUAUUCUUAAGUUCAGACAUUUAAUUGCACUGUAAUUAAAUCAAGCCCUGUUUUGUAGUGUUUGCUAA